AAGUCACUUUUACCUGAUGAUGUCUCGUACGAAGAACUAGAAGCCGCUAAUGCCACAACCAGUAUAUCAUCUGAUCAGAACAAACAAUUGGAAGAAUUCUAUGAAGUCGAAACCUUAGCUCAAACCCAGCCAUCAAAUAUUGAGGGAAACCAGGAAUCUAACAAUGAAGUUGAAGUGAACCAAAAUCUUCUAGAGCAUAUGUGGAUACAACCAGUUGGAAAUCAUUAAGGAUUUGAAUACACUGCAAAGGGGUGUUUACAUGGAAACUAUGCAGCAACACUUGUAAAUGAUUUAUCGCCCUAUAACUGUUACCGUAGUUUCGUUGACGAUGAAAUUGUUGACGAGAUGGUAAAUCAAACGAACUUAUAUGCAACUCAAGUAUUGUAUGAUACAAACGAUAUAAAGAAAGAAUCAAGACUACACCGAUGGGCUCCGACUGAUAGAAAAGAAAAUAUUAGAUUUAUUGGUGUAGUGGCUUACAUGGGUCUGGUAAAAAUGCCUUCGUUGGAAAAGUACUGGAGCAAUGAUGACCUAUAUAAAAAUGUUAUUAUACCAAAAAACAUGUCGAGAAAUAGAUUUCAGCUGCUUCUUAGAAUGUGGCACUUCUCUGACAAUGAAAGCUGUCUAGAAGGUGAUCGUCUUCACAAGGUGAAGCCUUUAGCAGAAAAGCUCCUGGUCGAACAUUUUGUAUAGAU